AGGAUGAAGUGGAUCAACAGAGAUCUCGUCCGGGUCUUGGUGGACCAGAUCGCUCUGAUGCAGAGAGCUCAGAGUCAGAGGGGGAGGAGGGAGGGGGCAGUGCGGAUAUUUUCCCAUCAUCCCCUGCGGCCGCAGCAGCAGCAGCAGUAGCGGAGUCUCGGCGUCUGUCUCUCCGUCUGUGUGUUCGUCCUCUCCGGCUGUGACUCGUCUCUUCCUCCGCGCGCGCGCUCUCUCUCUCUCAGAACCUUCUGGAUCUUCUGAACAGGUCUUGGCCUGAAGCUGCUGAUGUGGGCGUGUCUGGCCUGACACAGAGGUGAAAGGUCACGAUGACGACGGUGGCGGCAGAUUACGACCACAUGGAGCUGCAGCAGCAGUACAACAUCAGCAACGACACGGUCAACAACCGCUGGGACGAUGACUGGGACAACGAGAACAGCUCGGCGCGCCUCUUUGAACGUUCACGCAUCAAGGCGCUCGCAGAUGAGCGUGAGGCGGUCCAGAAGAAGACCUUCACUAAGUGGGUAAACUCUCACUUGUCCAGAGUUUCCUGCAGAAUCACUGACCUCUACAUGGACCUGAGGGACGGACGGAUGCUCAUCAAACUGCUGGAGGUUCUGUCUGGCGAGAGACUGCCAAAGCCGACCAAAGGUCGUAUGCGUAUCCACUGUCUGGAGAACGUGGACAAGGCUCUGCAGUUCCUGAAGGAGCAGAGGGUUCACCUGGAGAACAUGGGGUCACAUGACAUCGUGGAUGGAAACCACCGCCUGACACUGGGCCUCAUCUGGACCAUCAUCCUCCGCUUCCAGAUCCAAGACAUCAGUGUGGAGACAGAAGACAACAAAGAGAAGAGAUCGGCUAAAGACGCUCUGCUGCUGUGGUGUCAGAUGAAGACAGCAGGGUAUCCCAACGUAAACAUUCACAACUUCACCACCAGCUGGAGGGACGGCAUGGCGUUCAACGCCCUCAUCCACAAACACAGACCUGAUCUGAUCGACUUUGACAAACUGAAGAAAUCCAACGCUCACUACAACCUUCAGAAUGCCUUCAACCUGGCAGAGCAACACCUGGGUCUCACCAAGCUGCUGGACCCAGAGGACAUCAGUGUGGAUCACCCUGAUGAGAAGUCCGUCAUCACCUACGUGGUCACUUAUUACCACUACUUCUCUAAGAUGAAGGCUCUGAAGGUGGAGGGCAAACGUAUCGGGAAGGUUUUGGACAACGCCAUAGAGACAGAGAAGAUGAUAGAGAAGUACGAGUCUCUGGCCUCAGACCUACUGGAGUGGAUUGAACAGACCAUCAUCAUCCUCAACAACAGGAAGUUCGCCAACUCUCUGCUGGGCGUCCAGCAGCAGCUGCAGGCCUUCAACACUUACCGCACUGUGGAGAAACCGCCAAAGUUCACAGAGAAGGGAAACCUGGAGGUUCUGCUCUUCACCAUCCAGAGCAAAAUGAGAGCCAACAACCAGAAGGUCUACAUGCCCCGAGAGGGAAAACUCAUCUCAGACAUCAACAAGGCCUGGGAGAGACUGGAGAAGGCGGAGCAUGAGCGAGAGCUGGCUCUGAGGACAGAGCUGAUUCGUCAGGAGAAACUGGAACAGCUGGCCCGACGCUUCGACCGCAAGGCAGCGAUGAGAGAGACGUGGCUGAGCGAAAACCAGCGUUUAGUGUCGCAGGACAACUUCGGAUUCGACCUUCAGGCUGUCGAAGCCGCCACCAAGAAGCACGAGGCCAUUGAGACGGACAUUGCGGCGUACGAGGAGCGUGUCCAGGCCGUGGUCGCCGUGGCGAGGGAGCUGGAGGUGGAACAUUAUCACGACAUCAAACGUGUCACUGCAAGGAAGGACAACGUGAUCCGACUGUGGGAGUAUCUGCUGGAGCUCCUGAAGGCCCGCAGGCUGCGGCUGGAGAUGAACCUGGGGCUGCAGAGGGUCUUCCAGGAGAUGCUCUACAUCAUGGACUGGAUGGACGAGAUGAAGAUGCUGCUGUUGUCGCAGGAUUACGGUAAACAUCUGCUGGGUGUGGAAGAUCUGCUUCAGAAACACGCGCUGGUGGAGGCCGACAUCGCCAUCCAGUCUGACCGAGUGAAGGCGGUCACCACCAACGCCACCAAAUACUCUGGCCAUGACGGCGGCUACAAACCCUGUGACCCUCAGGUCAUACAGGAUCGUGUGGCCCACCUGGAGUUCUGUUACCAGGAGCUGACGCAGCUGGCUGCCGACCGCCGCGCUCGCCUGGAGGAAUCCCGUCGCCUCUGGAAGUUUUUCUGGGAGAUGGCAGAGGAGGAAGGCUGGAUCCGAGAGAAGGAGCAGAUCCUGUCCUCUCUGGAACAUGGUAAGGACCUGACGGGGGCGCUGCGACUCCUCAGCCAGCAGCGCGCCCUAGAGGAUGAGAUGAGUGGCCGCGCCGGUCACCUCCAGCACACCAUCGCCGAGGGCCAAUCUAUGGUGGAAGCCGGUCACUUUGCAGCCGCGAAGAUUCAGGAGCGAAUCGACGACCUGCAGGCCCAGUGGGUGGCGCUGGAGCAGCUCGCAGCCGCGAGGAAGAAACGACUGGAGGAGGCGCUGGCCCUGCACCAGUUCACGGCAGAUGCAGAUGACGUCGACGCCUGGACGCUGGACGCUCUGCGCAUCGUCUCCAGUGGAGAGACGGGCCACGAUGAGUUCUCCACCCAGGCUCUGGUCAGGAAACACAAGGAUGCGGCGGCAGAAGUGGCCAGCUACCGGUCAGCCAUCGACUCGCUCCACGAGCAGGCCGCCUGCCUUCCCAAAGAGGAGGCAGAGUUAGAGGAGGUGCGCGGUCGGCUGGCUGGCAUCGAGGAGCGUUACAAGGAGGUGUGUGAGCUGACGAAGCUGCGGAAACAGGCACUGCAGGAUGCACUGGCACUCUACAAGAUGUUCAGCGAGGCUGACGCCUGCGAGGUGUGGAUCGCCGAGAAGGAGCAGUGGCUGAACAGCAUGGAGAUCCCUGAGAGACUGGAGGACCUGGAGGUGAUCCAGCACAGGUUUGAAAGUCUGGAGCCAGAGAUGAACAGCCAGGCGUCCCGUGUGGCCGUGGUGAACCAGAUUGCCCGACAGCUGAUGCACAAUGGUCACCCGAGCGAGAAGGACAUCAAGGUUCAGCAAGACAAACUCAACAACAGAUGGAGCCAGUUCCGUGACCUGGUGGACCUGAAGAAGGAGUCCUUGAACUCGGCUCUCGGUGUACAGAACUACCAUCUCGACUGCAACGAGACCAAGUCCUGGAUCAAAGAGAAGACCAAAGUCAUUGAGUCGACACAGGAGCUGGGAAACGACCUCACCGGUGUGAUGGCGCUGCAGCGGAAACUCACCGGUAUGGAGCGAGACUUGGCAGCCAUCGAGGACAAACUGAGUGACCUGCGGGGUGAGGCCCAGCGUCUGGCAGAGGAACAUCCUGACCAGGCCAAGGCCAUCACCGGUCGACUGGCUGAGAUCACCUCCGUCUGGGAGGAAAUGAAGAACACGCUGAAGAACCGCGAAGAGUCUCUGGGAGAGGCCAGGAAGCUGCAGCAGUUCCUGCGCGAGCUGGAUGACUUCCAGUCCUGGCUGUCACGCACGCAGACCGCCAUCGCCUCAGAGGAUAUGCCCAACACGCUGGCCGAGGCUGAGAAGCUGAUGGCUCAGCAUGAGGGCAUCAAGAACGAGAUCCAGAACUAUGAGGAGGACUACCAGAAGAUGAGGGACAUGGGUGAGAUGGUGACACAGGACCAGACGGACGCUCAGUACAUGUUCCUGCGACAGCGGCUGCAGGCGCUCGACACCGGCUGGAACGAGCUCCACAAAAUGUGGGAGAACCGGCAGAACCUGCUGUCACAGUCUCACGCCUACCAGCUGUUCCUGAGGGACACGAAGCAGGCCGAGGCCUUCCUCAACAACCAGGAGUACGUACUGGCUCACACUGAGAUGCCUGCAACGCUGGAAGGAGCCGAGGCUGCCAUCAAGAAGCAGGAGGACUUCAUGACCACCAUGGACGCCAAUGAGGAGAAGAUCAACGGUGUAGUGGAGGCUGGCCGGCGUCUGGCCAGCGACGGCAACAUCAACGCUGAUCGCAUCCAGGAGAGAGUGGCCUCCAUCGACGACAGACAUAAGAAGAACAGGGAGGCAGCAGUGGAGCUGAUGAUGAGACUGAAGGACAACAGAGAUCUGCAGAAGUUCCUGCAGGACUGUCAGGAGUUGACUCUGUGGAUCAAUGAGAAGAUGCUCACAGCUCAGGACCUCACGUAUGACGAGGCCAGGAACCUGCACAGCAAGUGGCUGAAGCACCAGGCCUUCAUGGCCGAGCUGCAGUCCAACAAAGAGUGGCUGGACAAGAUCCAGAAGGACGGCACACUGCUGGUGUCAGAGAAGCCAGAGACGGAGGCGGUGGUAACGGAGAAACUGUCGGCGCUCCACACCAUGUGGGAGGAGCUUGAGUCGACCACGCAGACCAAAGCUCAGUGUCUGUUUGACGCCAACAAGGCAGAGCUGUUCACGCAGAGCUGCGCCGACCUGGACAAGUGGCUCGUUGGCCUGGAGGGUCAGAUCCAGUCGGACGACUACGGCAAAGACCUGACCUCCGUCAACAUCCUACUCAAGAAGCAGCAGAUGCUGGAGAAGCAGGUGGAGGUGCGUCAGAAGGAGGUGGUGGAGCUGCAAAGCCAGGUCCAGGCUCUGGGUCAAGAGGUCAAAGACACCGACGAGGUGGACGGGCGGAGACAGGUGGUGCAGAACAAGUUCCAGGAGCUGCUGGAGCCACUGAGGCGCCGCAGGAACUUCCUGGUGGCGUCGAGAGAAGUUCACCAGUUCAACCGAGAUGUGGAGGACGAGAUUCUCUGGGUUCAGGAGAGGGUUCCCGUGGCUGCGUCCACUGACCACGGUAACAACCUGCAGACGGUGCAGCUGCUCAUCAAGAAAAACCAGACCCUGCAGAGGGAAAUCCAGGGACACCAGCCGCGUAUCGACGACAUCCUGGAGCGCAGUCAGAGCCUCCUGCAGGAGGAGUCGUCUGGUGCUGAUGUCAUCCGUCAGCGCCUGGCGCAGCUGCAGGAGCUGUGGCGGCAGCUGAUGGAGGAGGCGGAGCUUCGUCACGGGCGGCUUCAGGAGGCUCACAAGGCUCAGCAGUACUACUUUGACGCCGCAGAGGCCGAGGCCUGGAUGAGUGAGCAGGAGCUGUACAUGAUGUCAGAGGAGAAGGCCAAGGACGAGCUGAGCGCUGUCACCAUGUUGAAGAAACAUCAGAUUAUGGAGCAGGCGGUGGAAGACUACGCUGAGAACGUCCACCUGCUGUCCAAGACCAGCAGAGGACUGGUGACAGACACACACCCAGAGAGUGAGCGUAUCAGCAUGCGCCAGUCUCAGGUUGAUAAACUUUACGCCGGCCUGAAGGACCUGUCUGAAGAGAGGCGGGGCAAACUGGACGAGAGGCUCCGCCUCUUCCAGUUGAACCGCGAGGUUGAUGACCUCGAGCAGUGGAUCGCAGAGCGGGAGGUGGUGGCCGGGUCACAUGAGCUGGGACAGGAUUACGAACAUGUGACGAUGUUGCAAGAGCGUUUCCGUGAAUUCGCCCGCGACACAGGAAACAUUGGGCAGGAGCGCGUGGACGGCGUGAACCGUCUGGCCGACGAGCUGAUCAACACGGGACACGGUGACGCCGCCACGGUGGCAGAGUGGAAGGACGGUCUGAACGAGGCGUGGGCCGACCUGCUGGAGCUCAUCGACACCAGGACGCAGAUCCUUGCCGCCUCCUUCGAGCUCCACAAGUUCUACCACGACGCCAAGGAAAUCCUGGGACGCAUUGUGGACAAGCAGAAGAAACUCCCGGAGGACGUCGGUCGAGACCAGAACACGGUGGAGACCCUGCAGAGGAUGCAUACCACCUUCGAACACGACAUCCAGGCCCUGGGAACCCAGGUACGGCAGCUGCAGGAGGACGCCGUGCGUCUCCAGUCGGCGUACGCCGGCGACAAAGCAGACGACAUCCAGCGGCGGGAGAGCGAGGUGCUGGAGGCUUGGCGAGGUCUGCUGGAGGCGUGUGACGGGCGCCGGCUCCGCCUCCUGGACACCAGCGAUAAAUUCCGAUUCUUCAGCAUGGUCCGAGACCUGAUGCUGUGGAUGGACGACGUGAUCCGACUCAUCGAGGCUCAGGAGAAACCCAGGGAUGUUUCAUCAGUGGAGCUGCUGAUGAACAACCAUCAGGGCAUCAAAGCAGAGAUUGACGCUCGUAACGACAGCUUCACCGCCUGCAUAGAGCUGGGGAAGGCGCUGCUUGCCAGGAAACACUUUGCUUCUGAGGCGAUCAAAGAGAAGUUGCUGCAGUUGACAGACAAGAGGAAAGAGAUGAUUGACAAGUGGGAGGAUCGAUGGGAGUGGCUCAGACUCAUCCUGGAGGUGCAUCAGUUCUCGCGGGACGCGGGUGUGGCGGAGGCGUGGCUUCUGGGUCAGGAGCCGUACCUGUCAAGCAGAGAGAUGGGUCAGAGCGUGGACGAGGUGGAGAAGCUCAUCAAACGCCACGAAGCCUUCGAGAAGUCGGCCGCCACCUGGGAGGAGCGAUUCUCUGCCCUGGAGAGGCUUACCACAAUGGAGCUGUUGGAGGUGCGCCGGCAGCAGGAGGAGGAGGAGCGACGGAGGAAGCCACCAUCACCAGAGCCGGCACCGACUCAGCAAGAAGAGCCUCAGCUGCACAGCGGCGCGACAACUCAGAAUGGGCUGGUGUCGGAUCAGGACUCUCCUCCGGACGCCGUAGACGACCUGGUGAACGGCGUGGCCGAGCGAAGCUCCAAGGAAGCGAGUCCGACGCCGUCGCCAACGUCCGGCAGGAAGAGCAAGACAAGCCAGUCGUCCACGCUGCCGGCCAAGACGCCGCCGUCACAGCUGGAGGGACUCCUGUACCGCAAACACGAGUGGGAGGGGCAUAACAAGAAGGCGUCCAACAGGUCGUGGCACAACGUGUACUGCGUCAUCAACAACAACCAGGAGGUGGCGUUCUACAAGGACAGCAAGGCGGCGGCUCAAGGCUCCGCCUACCACAAUGAGACGCCCGUCAGCCUGAAGGAAGCCACGUGUGACGUGGCGUCAGAAUACAAGAAGAAGAAACACGUGUUCAAGCUCAAGGCGAUUGAUGGCAACGAGUAUUUGUUUCAAGCCAAAGACGAAGAGGAGAUGAGCACCUGGAUUCAGGCUGUCCUGAACGCCGGCACAGACGACCGCUCCAGUGUCCAGGGCGGCGACCCCGGCACGCCGGUGUCUGGGCGCGCUCAGACACUGCCGGCCGCUGUCACACUCGCCACCGAGUCGAGUCCCGGGAAACGAGAGAAGGAUAAAGAGAAGGAGAAGGAGAAACGCUUCAGUCUGUUCAGCAAGAAGAAACAGUAGAAGAAGAAGAAAAUCCGCCGUCUCCACCGCGUCACUAACCUUUAUUUUCUGAAACUGGAAUCAGACGUUUUGCCGCACGCCACAGUCGCCACCCACCGCUAACAAUCGCACUGUUCGAAAAACAAUCAGACCUAAUGAUGACAUCAUCAGUGAUGACAUCGUAACAUCAUCAGUGAUGACAUCUUCCCCAAACAUCUCCAAAAUGCGAGGUCUACUUUUUUCUCCUUUGAUUUUUCUCUGUGUGGUUGUUUGCUUCACCGCGGUGAUGACAUCACUGCGAUGAUGUCAUUGCGGUAACGUCAUAGGGACCACGUUUUUGGUUUAUGUUUGUUUGUGAAAAGUUCGUUUUUUUUCUGGACCAAGAGCUUUUUUUUCUCGUUUUUUAUUUUUUAGUCUCGUCUUCUGCCACCACGCCACCAUUUCCUGUGUCUUACCAACAGCCAUCGGCUGUAAGCAGGUGUGUGAUGUAAUCACUUGCAUGCUGUGUCACCUGAAACUUUGUUUUUUUUUACUUCCUGUUUGGUUCUAAUGCUGAUGAUGUAACAUAACACUAAAGCUUUGAUGUUGAUGGUAAAGUGCAGAAAGGGGACGGGGCCACUGUGGAGAAAAGGAGGGUUGCUUGCUUGUCGCUCUGUCACUGUUCCUCUCUCUCGUACUGAACAUGUAUGGAAGUUAGCGCCACCUAUAGGAAUGAGACGAAUAUUUAAACAGACGUUAGAACAUUAAGCUUCUCUCAUGUAUGAACCUGUAGUCUCUCUCUCUCUCUCUCUCUCUCACUCUCUCUGUGAUGUCAUUAAAGCUUUUAAACUUUA